CUUCCUGGUACCCCCCCCCCACUUCCUGCCAAGCACUCUCAGGCUCGCCGUGCCUCCUGCGGCAGCACUGAAACAGAUACACCGUUGAAAAUUCAGAGAAAGCUCAAAAUCUUUCCACGGUCUGAAUUCACGUCUCUGGGAUAAAUCCCAAAGAGUAGUCCGUGUUACAGUGCAUGUGCCUAUCCUGUUGACCUUGGCGAUCUCUUGGUCGUGGAAGUUGCCCUGACGCUGCCUAGCCCGCUCCUCUGAUUGGUUGUUAUACGCAGCUCAGGCGGUGACGUAAUGGUACACCGGCUUGGCUGUUCGGUUGUGUGGUUUGCUGGUGCCAGCAUUUCCUACUCCUUGUUUUGUCUUCUCUUCUCUGGUAUCUUGCAAGGUGGAAAAAUGACAGCGGCUCCACACAACUUUUCCUGGAUUGAACCAAAUAAACUAGCAGGAAUGGCCUUGCCACGUUUACCUGCCCAUUAUCAGUAUUUGUACGACAAUGGCAUUCGACAUCUAGUUACACUUUGUGAAAGAAAGCCACCAUAUCAUGACACCUUACCAGCAAUAACAAUUCACCAUAUAAGGAUCCAUGACUUUUGUUCGCCUUCUUUUGAACAAAUCAAAAAAUUUCUUUCAAUUGUUGAAGAAGCCAAUGCAAAGGGUGAAGGAGUUGGAGUCCAUUGCCUUCAUGGUUUUGGGAGAACUGGAACAAUGCUUGCCUGUUAUCUUGUAAAAAGUAGGAAAAUAACAGGCGUUGAUGCAAUUGAAGAAAUACGAAGAAUUCGCCGUGGUUCAAUAGAAACUAGUGAACAAGAAAAAACAGUUAUACAGUUUCAUCACCAUAUAAAAUAAGAAUUUCUCAUUGCCAGCUAAAGACUUUUAUCUCUUACAAACUCAUUCUUUGAACAUAUGGAAACCUUCAACCCCAGAAACUGGUCUAGCAUUUUUUAAGAUUGGACAUUUCUAGUGCACUUAGUUAUAUAAACCAAGUGACAGUUUUUUUUAAGUUAACUUCUUGUGGACUUCUCUAUAAAUAUUGCUUAUUUUUGUGCUACAGUAAAAUGCUUUGACUGGUUGCUUAAUUUUUACAUCAGAACAAAGCUCACUGCUGAAAUGUGGCCUUCUGACCUGUAAUGUUAUUUGUUGUCUCCUUGCACUUGACGACACAGAAGCUUUCUAAAAUUUGUUGUAAAAUAUGUAAAUUAAAUUGCUGUAAAUGCUUUAAUACAUAAUUAUAGCCCAGAAAAAAUGAUUGAACAUGCCAAGAUAGUUCGCUUCCAAAGAGGCAAUAAAAUAUACUUUGCU